CUUGCUCCCUCCUGGGCCUUCUCGCCCGGGUACCUGUCCGCGUCCGCCCGCUUGCGCCCUCCUGUGCCCGGCCCUUCGCGCCCGCCCGGACGUUUCUGCAGAAACAUCUCCGCAGGUACCUGGUCCCUUCGGGGAUCAUGGCCGUUUCUUCCCAGUGCGCACGCGCAUUUGCAUCCCAAACUGUGCACACCUUCUCGUUAGUUGAGCUGACCCGGAAAGUUCGAUGCCAUUCCCCUUGCUUCCGUCGUUUGCCAAGUUGUGUUGCUUCGACCCUGCCGAGAACAGCCCAUCUUCACCACCCGAGCGCAUGUCUUCCAGAUUGACCCCAGCACCAAGAAGAACUGGGUGCCUGCAAGCAAGCAAGCAGUCACUGUUUCCUACUUCUACGAUGUCACGAGAAACAGUUAUCGAAUCAUCAGCGUGGAUGGAGCCAAGGUGAUCAUAAACAGCACAAUCACGCCAAAUAUGACUUUCACCAAAACGUCACAGAAGUUUGGGCAGUGGGCCGACAGCAGAGCCAACACAGUGUUUGGUUUGGGGUUUUCCUCUGAGCAGCAGCUGACAAAGUUUGCAGAGAAAUUCCAGGAGGUAAAAGAAGCUGCCAAACUAGCCAGAGACAAGUCCCAGGAGAAAACCGAGACCUCAAGUAAUCACUCCCAAGAAUCUGGGUGUGAAACCCCAUCUUCUACUCAGGCAUCCAGUGUCAACGGGACUGACGAUGAAAAAGCCUCUCAUGUGGGCGCAGCGGACACGCACCUCAAAUCUGAGAACGACAAGCUGAAAAUCGCUCUGACACAGAGUGCUGCCAAUGUGAAGAAGUGGGAGAUAGAGCUGCAGACCUUACGAGAGAGCAACGCCCGGCUGACUACAGCGCUUCAGGAGUCAGCAGCCAGUGUAGAGCAGUGGAAAAGGCAGUUCUCCAUCUGCAGAGAUGAGAACGACCGGCUCCGAAGCAAGAUUGAUGAGCUAGAAGAACAGUGCAGUGAGAUCAACAGAGAGAAGGAGAAGAAUACCCAGCUGAAGAGGAGAAUCGAGGAACUGGAAUCAGAACUCAGAGAGAAAGAGACAGAGUUGAAAGACCUCCGGAAACAAAGUGAAAUUAUACCUCAGCUCAUGUCAGAGUGUGAAUAUGUGUCUGAGAAGUUAGAGGCAGCAGAGAGAGACAAUCAAAACCUGGAAGACAAAGUGCGGUCUCUAAAGACGGACAUUGAGGAGAGUAAAUACAGACAGCGUCACCUGAAGGGGGAGUUGAAGAGCUUCCUGGAGGUGCUGGAUGGAAAGAUUGAUGACCUCCAUGACUUCCGCAGAGGGCUCUCCAAGCUGGGCACUGACAAUUAAGGUCCAGCUCCAUUGAUCAGAUCGUGAGUCCCAGGACCAGGACGUUCUCCCGUUUGCAUUGUUUCUGUAAAUUCAGGUGCAGUUUGUUGUGUUUCCAAACCAGUUGUGCCGUCUACCCACUCCUCUCCAGCAUAGAAAUCUCUUGCUUCUCUGGCCUUGUGAGGUUGUGGACAACUGGAAGACUCUGACUCAGGAAUCUAGAACUAGUCUACCUUAAGCGCUCAUGCAGUCAGGGCAGGGAUGUUUGUAUCUUCCUUAAGGGCUGUUGCAACCCUAUGAACUGGAGGGGGAAAAAAGUAUUUUCUAAUCCAAAUAUUAAUACCCUGUGUACAACAGCCAUUUUCCUUUUAUUUUUGAGUAGCAUCAGAUCACUCAAGGAGGGCAUGGAGACAGCCAGUUCUGUCAGUAAAAACUGAAGGCUGUAAAGUGACCCCUUAGCAGAGACUCUAGGAGAAAGGAAGUGAGUUCCUGGUGGGUUCUUUUUCUGUCCUGACAAUCACUAGCAUGGCUAUGCCCAGUCUCCUGUUUGUAUGGUUGCAACAAUGUUCCUCUUCUUGGUUUUCAUUUCUGAACAGAUACUUGUGCUGUGGGAACAGCAGGUAGUGAGGGUACCUGGCACAGUGCCUGGCAGAGUCGGUGCUCAAUAAAUACUUGCUCAACUAAACACAGAAACAGAAGCGUUUUAAUCACAUCCUCAGCAGAAUUUAGAAGCCUGUUGAGUGAUUCACCAUCUCCUUUGUGCUGGGAAGUUACCAGAAGUGGAUGUGACUAGCAGUGGUCAUACCCAGAGGUGGCUCCGGUGGCUCUGGGGUAGGGUGAGUGGUAAUGGGGAACAUAGGGACUGAUCUGAGCGCCCCCAGCAUCCUCUAAAGGAGAAUCAUUUCCCUGUGAUCACCUUCUUCAUGCAGCGGCCAUAGCCUGAAGGACCCAGAACACUGGCUGUCCAUAGUAUAGAGGCUGGUUAGGACUGAGGAGCUAGGCUGGUAUGCCUGGAUGGAUUUAAACACUCAAAUAAAAAAUCCUCCAGGUCCAUGAGGCUGAGAGAGUUGCUUAGCUGGCAAGCCUUGGCCUCAGUGACAGAGAAGUUCUGCCCAGGUCUUCCUCUGGCUUCCCCAGGUCCUUCUGGACAGGGUAGAGCCAUGAGCCUCUGCUGUCACACAGAGCUUCUCAGUGGACUUUGUGUGUCACUGGCUCCCUACAUGGCCACCUUUGCAGAGCAAGGUGGCCCACCUUUGCAGAGCAAGUGUUUCCUGUCCCUGGCCCCACACAUGGUGAAUGCCUUAGGCAAGGGAAAGCUUUGCCCCACCCUCACCCCAAACAGAACCACCUAAGAGAACUUCUAAAAACAUCCUUGUAGGGUUUGAAGUGCUUGUUGCUGAAUUUAGGCUAAGGGGAGGGGAAAUAGGGUUCAUAUAACUGUGACCCAGGUCCCCAGGUGGAUGACCAAGCCAUUCGCUGUCCUUGCUCUGGUUGCGAUGUCUCUUUGAACAAGGAAGUCUUCUUUGAUAGGAAAGGAGAGAAAGCCGGCAAUCUGGAGUACUAAGGAGCCCCUGCAGCCUGAGGGAGCCUUGAGUACACAGGAAAUGGAAAGUGUGGUCAGCCCUGUGGUCACUCAGGCCACAGUGCAGCUGGCUCUGCCCUUCCCCAGAGCUUUCAGGAAGUUGUAGCAGUUCCCUACUGGCUGGACCUGGAGACCCCAACACUGGGCCAGCUGUGAGUCUAUCCCAUAGCCCCAGCAUGGAGGAAAGGGAAUUUUUCCGAAGCCAGUUAGGCCCACCCUCUGUCAGCAGAUUGGCAUGUGGCUUCCCAGGAGCAGUAGGCCUUGGGACCCCAGACACUUACCACUUGGGUCUCAGGUGACUGCCACCUCAUCUACAGGUUGACUUGCUGAUGCAGAAGGAACUCUUUGCUAACUGGAAACAGCUGUAGGUAACUUGGCUAUAGGAAGAUAGCUGCUAAGGAUACUUGUGCAUUCCUGUAGCAAUGAUGUGAAAAAAACACCAGUGAAGUGUAGAGAGUGCUGAAGUUUACUGCAUGGGCUGUGUGGACCCAGACCCUUGACCUUGUUCAUCACACACUGGAGAGUGUGGUGCAGCAGCAGGUGAGGCACUUACAGUCCUUGUGCAGGGGUCAAGGGUCCCCUCUGGCAGGAGUUUUAUUGUGUGGGGCUCACCCCACAUAGCUGAAGGGUCCCCUCUGUCAGGAGGAAGGGGACUGGGUUCCACAGAAGCACAAUACUACACAAGCACUGAACUUUCCAUUGUGUCUUUUCUCUCGUGUCCCCAGUGUUUCUUUUCAUUUGUGUCUUCUAAGCAAAAUAAGGCUCAGGAAUAGCUUAGACAGUCAGCAAUGGGCUGGUCCUCCCAUCAGCCUCUAACACUGUGAACAGUGGCUGGAUAUGAUGAAUUGAUGCACUGAGCUGGUCUGGGUUUUCACUUUCCACUUGAGCUGGCGUGACAUGCCUUCUUUGUCAUGGUGUCCAGCCCAGCCUCGAGGCCAUCAUCAUGACCAUCACAGCCUCAUUAUGCUGCCUGGAAGAGGGAGAGCCAGAACCUCAUUGUCAGUUUCCAGAUGUGGUUUUCUGCUUUUGACAUCUCAAAGGCUGGCUUUCUAUGGCCCAAAGAGGUUAAGGCAAUCUCUGCACUCUUUAUUUUUUUUUUUUCUUCU